CAGCUGGGUUCCCGUCACUUCUGCAUUCCGGAACUUCCAUCGACUCCCUCACAUAGACCACAAAGCCCACACGCACGCUACCAUGCAAACAACACACCCAAGACAAUCAUCAAGCGCCGGAAGAGCCUUCAAGACGAGUCCUCGCCGAAGCGGAAGACGGAGAUCGUUGCCUCUUGGGCUUGAUGAUACUUUCGGCGGGGUGCUUAUGGGGAAGGCGAAUGACGGCGCUCACAGUGGACCCAUUCUGAACAUCACUUCGAGUCAUUCACGGCCGUCAAGUGGAGGAGAAGUCGGGAAGAUAAUCCAACUCCCAACCCUCCACAACGAACUCGUCCGUCUCCAACUCUCCCCGCCGCCCUUCAGCGCCUCUGACUCCGAUCAUAGACGCUACUCCACCCCCGACCGCGGCGACCAUGGCAAAUCCACCCUGCCCCAUCUAGAUAAACGCGGCGGGAUACACGCGCGCUCGGAGGAGGAUGUUCGCAAACGAACAUCGCCUGGUAGCAGGCCAGUGAGACAGGCGUGGGAAAUGGAGCGGGAUAGUAAGGAGGGCGAAUUGCGAGUCGUGAAUUUGGAACGAUUGAUGUUGGAGGCAGUUGGGGCUCCGCUCCCAACAACCCCUGACAAGGAGAAGGAGAAUGCGGCAGGGUCAGCGCCGCGGUCCCGCAAAGGCUCAGCCCAUCGUCGACGAUUCAGCCACUACCCUCGCUCCAACGGAAGCACGCCUCACCAGAGCCGGCCCGUCUCCGCGCGCAACAUCCCGCUUCCGCCUUCACGACCGCAGACGCCGGACCCGGAUAUGGCUGUCAUGGGUGUCAUACCGCCGAUUUUGACCGGUUUGGCUUCGCAAGCCGGAUUACAUAUCCCCUUGGGUAUGGGACGGCUGCGGCCCGUGUCGCCGCUCACAGGUGAACAGAUAGGGUCCCCGUUGCGGCAGGUUGUGAAUCAGAGUUUGGAGGAGAUAAGGAGGCGUGACGAAAGCACUGCUUCCGCGCCACGUCCCAUCGCCAGCGCACCAGACCCGACCCCCGCACCCACGGGCUUCUUCUUCAAAGCAGACGGCGACAUGCAGUUCGACCUCCAAGAAGCCACCGCCUUCAUGCACGUCCUCCAAAAAGAGUCCAAAGUCCGUUUUGUCGCAUUAGCCGAACAACCCCCACCCUCGCCCACCCUCGACUCGACAUCCUCCACCGACGCCCAAACCACCGACACGGUCCCGCGUGAAUCAUCUAUGGGAUCAGGAAGCUACCCGCGCAGAUCGCCCGAGACACCCGCGUUGCAGGUCAAGACCCCACGGCAGAUGUCGCGACGGUCCCGGCGGAGCGUGGAUUUCUUCACGCAGCCGUUUGUGGAGAGGAAGGAGGAGCCGGUGACGAGCAGGUUGUUUGAGCCGUUGUUGCUCUUGCAGAGUUUGGAUGAGCCUGCUGCAGGGCCAGUGGCGCUUGGGGUGGUUGAUGAGGUGGAGUUGGGGGAUGUGGGGGUGGAGGGAGGGAUGGAAAAUGUGCGCGCGACUGCGGGGCUGUCACCGGCAGGCAGCGAGCGAGGGAAUGAUGGGUUGCAAAACGCUACGUCGGGCUCCUCCCACUCGAUCAGUUCAGUGCCCGAGGAUCCGCAGAACGACUCUGACUUAGGCGCGGAGAUCACGAUACUGUCGGGACCCACAUCCCGUGAAAAUGAGCCGGUGAUAGUUCGCUUCGUCAAUUCUGCGGAUUUGGAGGAUGAGGGAGAUGAAGAUGGUCACCUCCCAUUGCAGAGUGAUGAGGCGGGGGGAAUGCCGGCGCAUGAGGAGGAGGAAGGGCCUGCGAGUGAAUCGGUGAUGGAAGGGCCACCCGGCGGGGCAGAGGAGCCGAAUGGGCUGUAUAAUGAAGAAGAAACAUCGCAGACUGGAACAUCGCAGAGUGAAGCUGCGUAUCCAUCCAACGGUGACAGGGAGGUUGUGGAUCCCGGACAGUCGCGGGAAACAGUUUCGCAGAUUGCGACCCCUGAGCCGGCCCAGCAGUCCUUUCCUGUGUCCAACCGGAACUCAUCAGCUCCGCUGCCCGCGCCCAUCACACGGGCGAUCGUUCAUCCUCCACCGCAGAUCGCAGCCAUGAACGAAUUCAACGACUACAAUAGCCGGUGGAACAGCCGAGAGCGCAGUCUGUUGCGUUCACAGGAAUGCAUGGCUCUCGCCGUUCUCGACAAGUACGUCUACACCCUCCACCUCUCCACUCUCAAGAGGCAGCAAACCCUCCACAAAGACCUCAUCCACACUCAAACGCGCAACGACGCGCAUCUCGCGCGGAUGGCAGCCAAAGAGCGGCGGGAGUGUAUCUCGCAGGGCCGUGAUUUGCACCUGUGGACGUCGCCGGGGACGGCGGGGAUGGCAAAGAGGUGUGAGGCUAGUGGGUGUUGGAAGAGUGGCUUGUAUCGGGAGGUUGGUGUUAGGAAGAGGGCUUGA